AUGUCAUCCACUUAUGCUGUAAUAUUGCAAGUCAGCACACCCAGCCUCACAACCCUCAAUCUGGACUACCUUGAAGAUCAUGGCAUGUCAGACCUAAUGUGUGUCAUGGUACAUGAUCCAGUUAUCCUCGAUGUCCCAUAUUCUCAAAGUGGUCUCCCUUUGUUUCUGAGCACUCUUGACAACAGCGUCAUCAACGGAUGGAACCAAUCCACUGUCAAUAAUCCCAUCUAUGAAACAGUCCACCCGGACAAUUUCACAGUAUGUUCAUGGGCUCUGCUCCAUGGGCCCGCCUUCUGGACCAAUGCCCAUCACGACUCUAAUGGGGGCACAACUUUUGUCCAAGUCAAAAUUGAUGAGAAGAAAUGGGGCCUCUUUGGUCCGAUUCAAGAGGACACGGUUUCCUGGACCAACCCUCAGCUCAAGGCCUGUACCGCCAAAUGA